UCAGUGCGGGCGCGGCGCCGCGGGGAGCGUCUCGCUGCGCUCCUGCUGCCCGGCGAGGCCUUUCUCUUCCCUCCCUCCCCCUUGCUCCCCUCCCUCUUUCCCUCCGCCCUUCCUGCUCCCUUCCUGGCGGCGGAGCGGGGGGUGUCUCCCAGCCUCCGUGGAGGCGGCGAAGCGUGAUGGCGGCGUCCGGGCUCUUCUCUUCCCUCCGCCCCGCGCUGCGCUGUUUCGCCGGCCCCGCCGCCUUCCCCCGCUGCUGACAACGCCGGCCGCGCUCUGCCCGCGUCCUGCGGACACCCCCGCCCGUCCCCCAGAAAACACCAACAGGAAGGAUAAAUUGAAGCACUCCUGACCCUUUCACUUUCAAUUUCUUGACUGCACUACAAGCAACCAGAAUGUCGGGGGCUUCAGUGAAAGUGGCUGUUCGGGUCCGGCCCUUCAAUUCCCGAGAAACCAGCAAAGAAUCCAAAUGUAUCAUCCAGAUGCAAGGCAAUUCAACAAGUAUUAUCAACCCAAAGAAUCCUAAGGAAGCACCAAAGUCCUUCAGCUUUGACUACUCUUACUGGUCCCACACAUCGCCUGAAGACCCCUGCUUUGCAUCUCAGAACCGUGUGUACAAUGAUAUUGGGAAGGAGAUGUUGCUGCAUGCCUUUGAGGGCUACAAUGUCUGCAUUUUUGCCUAUGGACAAACUGGAGCUGGGAAAUCCUACACCAUGAUGGGCAAGCAGGAGGAGGGCCAAGCAGGCAUAAUCCCCCAGCUGUGUGAAGAGCUGUUUGAAAAAAUCAAUGACAACAGCAAUGAGGAAAUGUCAUAUUCUGUAGAGGUGAGUUACAUGGAGAUUUACUGUGAGAGAGUCAGAGACUUGUUGAACCCGAAGAACAAAGGGAAUCUGCGGGUGCGAGAACAUCCUCUGCUGGGGCCCUACGUGGAAGAUCUCUCCAAGUUAGCAGUCACAUCUUACACAGACAUUGCAGACCUCAUGGAUGCUGGGAAUAAAGCCAGGACUGUGGCAGCUACCAACAUGAAUGAAACCAGCAGCCGCUCUCAUGCUGUUUUCACCAUUGUCUUUACUCAGAAGAAACACGACACAGAAACUGACCUUUGCACAGAAAAGGUCAGCAAGAUUAGCCUUGUGGAUCUAGCUGGGAGUGAGCGAGCUGAUUCAACUGGUGCCAAAGGAACCCGAUUAAAGGAAGGAGCAAAUAUAAACAAGUCUCUCACAACUCUGGGCAAAGUUAUUUCAGCAUUGGCUGAAGUGGAUAACUGCACUAACAAGAGUAAAAAAAAGAAGAAGACAGACUUUAUUCCAUACAGGGAUUCUGUACUAACAUGGCUUCUUCGAGAAAAUCUAGGUGGUAACUCCAGAACUGCAAUGGUUGCUGCUUUGAGUCCUGCAGACAUCAACUAUGAUGAAACUUUGAGCACUUUAAGAUAUGCUGAUCGUGCAAAACAGAUUAAGUGCAACGCUGUGAUCAAUGAAGAUCCCAAUGCUAAGCUGGUGCGUGAGCUGAAGGAGGAGGUGACAAGGCUGAAGGAUCUCCUGCGUGCCCAAGGGCUGGGAGAUAUUAUUGACAUUGAUCCAAUGGGAGAUGAAUACUCUGGAAGUGGAGGCAAAUAUUUGAAAGAUUUUCAGAACAAUAAACAUAGAUACUUGCUAGCCUCCGAGAAUCAACGUCCUGGCAAUUUUUCCACAGCCUCCAUGGGGUCCCUCAGUGCAUCUCCAUCCUCCUGCUCUCUCAGUAGUCAGGUGGGCUUAACAUCUGUGUCCAGUAUACAGGAAAGAAUCAUGUCCACACCUGGAGGAGAAGAGGCAAUUGAGCGUUUGAAGGAAUCUGAGAAGAUCAUUGCAGAGCUGAAUGAAACAUGGGAAGAAAAGCUGAGGAAAACUGAGGCCAUUAGGAUGGAAAGGGAGGCAUUGUUGGCAGAAAUGGGAGUUGCCAUUCGGGAAGAUGGAGGAACACUGGGAGUCUUCUCACCCAAAAAGACUCCUCAUCUUGUAAACCUGAAUGAAGAUCCACUCAUGUCUGAAUGUCUGCUUUACUACAUCAAAGAUGGUAUUACUAGGGUUGGCCAAGCUGAUGCUGAGCGAAGGCAAGACAUUGUAUUGAGUGGGGCUCACAUCAAAGAAGAACACUGUAUCUUUAGAAGUGAGAGGAACAACAAUGGUGAAGUUAUUGUGACUUUGGAGCCUUGUGAACGAUCAGAAACUUAUGUUAAUGGCAAGAGAGUGGUGCAGCCUGUACAGCUGCGCUCAGGAAAUCGUAUCAUUAUGGGUAAAAAUCAUGUCUUCAGAUUCAACCAUCCAGAGCAAGCACGAGCAGAAAGAGAGAAAACACCAUCAGCUGAGACUCCCUCUGAGCCAGUUGACUGGACAUUUGCUCAGAGGGAGCUUCUGGAGAAGCAGGGCAUUGACAUGAAGCAGGAGAUGGAAAAAAGAUUACAAGAAAUGGAGAUCUUGUAUAAGAAGGAGAAGGAGGAAGCUGAUCUCUUGUUGGAGCAGCAAAGGCUGGACUAUGAGAGUAAGCUGCAGGCCUUACAGAAGCAGGUAGAGACAAGAUCCUUGGCAGCUGAAACAACAGAGGAAGAAGAGGAGGAGGAAGAAGUGCCCUGGACACGACACGAGUAUGAACUGGCACAAUGGGCUUUCAGGAAGUGGAAGUUUCACCAGUUCACUUCACUGAGGGACCAGCUCUGGGGAAAUGCAGUAUAUCUGAAAGAAGCCAACGCAAUCAGUGUAGAGUUAAAGAAAAAGGUGCAGUUUCAGUUUGUCCUGCUGACAGAUACCCUCUACUCCCCACUGCCACCAGAGCUUUUGCCCACUGAGCUGGAGAAGACCAGGGACAAUAGGCCUUUCCCCCGUACUGUGGUAGCUGUGGAAGUCCAGGAUCUGAAGAAUGGAGCCACUCAUUACUGGUCCUUAGAAAAACUCAAGCAGAGGUUGGACCUGAUGCGUGAGAUGUAUGACAGAGCCGGGGAAAUGGCAUCUAACACCCAGGAUGAGAGUGAAAGCACAAUGACAGGCAGUGACCCCUUUUAUGAUCGCUUUCACUGGUUCAAGCUGGUUGGGAGCUCCCCCAUAUUCCAUGGCUGCGUGAACGAGCGUCUCGCUGAUCGCACGCCCUCCCCCACUUUCUCCACGGCUGACUCCGACAUCACUGAACUGGCUGAUGAGCAGCAGGAUGAGAUGGAGGACUUUGAUGAUGAGGCCUUUGUGGAUGAUACUGGCUCCGACGUUGGAACUGAGGAGGGAUCAGACCUCUUCAAUGAUGGGCGCGACCCGUUUUACGACCGAUCCCCUUGGUUCAUUUUAGUGGGAAGAGCAUUUGUGUACCUGAGCAACCUGCUGUACCCGGUGCCUCUGAUUCACAGAGUGGCUGUUGUUAGUGAGAAGGGAGAAGUACGAGGAUUUCUGCGAGUAGCAGUGCAGGCUAUAGCAGCUGAUGAAGAAGCCCCAGAUUAUGGCUCUGGAAUUCGACAGUCUGGCACAGCCAAAAUUUCAUUUGACAAUGAAUACUUUGAUAAGAGUGACUUUUCUUCAGUUGCGAUGACUCGGUCUGGGCUGUCGUUGGAAGAACUAAGAAUUGUGGAAGGGCAAGGACAGAAUUCAGAGGUUACCACUCCUCCAGAGGAGAUCAACAGAAUGAAUGAGCUGGACCUGAAAUCGGCCACUUUGGAUGGAAAGAUGACAAUGGAAGGAUUCACUGAGGAAAUUGGUGAUCACUUGAAGCUGGGCAGUGUGUUUACCUUCCGUGUGACAGUGCUGCAGGCCAGUGGCAUCCUUCCUGAGUAUGCAGACAUCUUCUGCCAGUUCAACUUUUUGCACCGACACGAUGAAGCUUUCUCAACAGAGCCUCUCAAAAACAAUGGUCGAGGGACUCCCCUUGGGUUUUACCAUGUCCAGAAUAUUGCUGUGGAAGUGACAGAAUCAUUUGUGGAGUACAUCAAAACCAAGCCUAUUGUGUUUGAAGUCUUUGGACAUUAUCAGCAGCACCCUCUCCAUUUGCAAGGACAGGAUCUCAACAGCCCUCCACAGCCUUCCCGAAGAUACUUUCCUCCCCCCAUGCCACUCUCCAAGCCAGUGCCAGCUACAAAGCUAAAUACCAUGAGCAAACACAGCUUGGGCCAGAGUGUGAGCAAGUAUGACCUCCUUGUGUGGUUUGAGAUCAGUGAAUUGGAGCCAACGGGGGAGUAUAUUCCUGCUAUUGUGGACCACACUGGAGGCCUGCCCUGUCAGGGAACAUUCCUGCUUCACCAGGGAAUCCAGCGCAGAAUCACAGUCACCAUUAUCCAUGAGAAGGGCAGUGAGUUGCACUGGAAAGACGUGAGAGAGCUGGUUGUUGGUCGUAUAAGAAAUAAAGCAGAGGUAGAUGAAGCUGCUGUGGAUGCUAUUCUGUCUCUGAAUAUUAUCUCUGCAAAAUACCUGAAGUCCUCUCACAGCUCCAAUAGGACUUUCUAUCGGUUUGAAGCAGUUUGGGAUAGCUCCUUGCAUAAUUCCCUUCUCCUCAAUCGAGUGACACCAUAUGGAGAGAAGAUAUAUAUGACCCUUUCUGCUUACCUGGAGCUUGACCACUGCAUCCAGCCUGCAGUCAUAACAAAGGAUGUUUGUAUGGUCUUUUACUCACGAGAUGCCAAGAUCUCCCCCCCACGAUCACUGCGCAACCUCUUUGGCAGUGGCUACUCCAAAUCUCCAGAUUCCAAUCGAGUGACUGGGAUCUAUGAACUAAGUUUGUGCAAAAUGGCAGACACAGGAAGUCCAGGAAUGCAGAGGAGGAGGAGGAAAGUCCUGGAUACAUCUGUGGCAUAUGUCCGAGGAGAAGAGAACCUGGCAGGUUGGAGGCCCAGAGGUGACAGCCUCAUUCUAGAGCAUCAGUGGGAACUGGAGAAACUGGAGCUGCUGCAUGAAGUGGAAAAAACCCGGCAUUUCCUUCUGCUUCGUGAAAAGCUUGGUGACAGCAUCCCCAAGUCCCUGAGUGACUCCUUGUCUCCCAGUCUGAGCAGUGGAACCCUCAGUACCUCCACCAGCAUUUCUUCUCAGAUUUCCACGACAACAUUUGAGAGUGCUGUGACACCCAGCGAGAGCAGUGGCUACGACUCAGCAGACAUAGAGAGCUUGGUGGAUCGGGAGAAGGAGCUGGCCACCAAGUGUCUGCAGCUUCUGACUCACACUUUCAAUCGGGAGUUCAACCAGGUGUACAACAGCAUCAGUGACUGCAAGUUGUCAGAUAUUUCCCCGAUUGGGCGGGACCCAUCAGUGUCCAGUUUCAGCAGUGCUACCCUCACACCUUCAUCUACCUGCCCUUCUCUGGUGGAUUCCAGAUGCAACUCAAUUGAUCAGAAGACACCAGAAGCAAAUUCUCGUGCCUCCAGUCCCUGUCACGAGGUGGAACAGUUCCAGCUAAUUCCUGCAGUAGAAACUUCCUAUCUUGCCAGAGCUGGAAAGAAUGAAUUCCUAAACCUUGUUCCUGAUAUUGAAGAAAUCAGACCAGGCUCUGUGGUCUCAAAGAAAGGAUACCUCCACUUCAAGGAGCCACUCUCCAGCUCCUGGGCCAAGCACUUUGUGGUGGUUCGCCGUCCCUACGUUUUUAUUUACAACAGUGACAAAGAUCCUGUAGAAAGAGGAAUCAUAAACUUAUCCACAGCUCAGGUGGAAUACAGUGAGGAUCAACAGGCCAUGGUAAAGACACCCAACACAUUUGGUGUAUGCACAAAGCAUCGUGGCGUCCUGCUCCAGGCCAUCAAUGACAAGGACAUGAAUGACUGGUUAUAUGCCUUCAAUCCACUCCUUGCUGGCACAAUAAGGUCGAAACUGGCUCGAAGACGCACGGGCCAGCUGAAGUACUGAGUCCAUGUAAUGUUCUCAUCUGUUCUCCCUGACUCACCUUCCGAUAGAUGAAGUGUUACCUCUCAUUUUCUCUUUGUGAUUCUUGACAGUUUCUCUUGUAUGUAAUCCUGUGGCUUAACCUCCCCUACCUCCCCCAGUCCUUCAGCACAUUUUGUAGGUAUUCUAACCCUACCUUGUUUCUUUUCACUUGUGCCGAGAAUCCUACUUAGUAGCAUGUGGAGAAACAAAAAGAGAAAGACAAAAAAAAAUUAAAAAACCAAAACAAGUGAUUAUGCACGACUCUAAAAAGAAAAAAAAAAGUUAUUUAUUUUUUCCUAUAACACUUGUUUUCCCAUCCAACUGACCUUUCGGUGUCUGUCCCACUGUCCAUUGUUGUCCGUCUAGACUGCUGCAGGUUUUUCAUUCAGUUUGUGACUUGGCAAUAGUCAUUGGUUCCCUCAGGGCAAAGUUCUAAUGCCAGGGAAAGAUCAGUUCUUCUGUGUAGAUGUUACCCAGCCAGGAACUGCAAUAGCUCCUCAGGCUUUCUGGAUCCAGCUGCUAAUUUAAACUCUGUUGUAAAGCUGAUAUUGGACAAAUCUAUCUGGGCAGACUGGCUUUUGGACUUGAUGCAAGUUUUUGAGUUUCCAGGGUCCAAGAGGCAAUGGCAUGAGCUGGAAAAAGGGGGGGGAUAACUAAGAGGGGCUGGCUAGAAUAAUCUGCCUUUAAAUUCUUGCUGUAGGGUUGCAAGUGAACAGUGUUUGGCUUUAACUCUUUCCCGAAACAGUAACACUCCUGUGCGUCUGAACUGAGCUGAGGAGACAGAACUUGUGCUGAUAUGAGGAAAAAACCCACGUCACUAAAGUAUUAGAUAGAAUCCCUGAAGUUUUGGAUCCUCAGACUAGCACUUGGCAGAUGGAGAGUGUUAAGGGAAAGUGUGGUUGUUCCCUUGAGCGCUUUCAGGAGGUCACCACGGGAGGGCAGCAGCUCCUCUUUCUGCUGUUGGUCCCGACUUCUGAGUUCCUGCAGCAACAGUUCUCACCUCUCUUGGAAGAAAUUUACGGUUGUCUUUGGCAUGCGAGGACACACUGCUCUGUGGCACCGUUCUGAAAGGCCUUGUGCAUGCAUCCCUUAUGUGUAGUACUCAGAUGACAUCCAUCUGGUCAUGGGGAAAGCGUCCUCUGUCUACAAAAUGAUUUCUAGACCUAGCACUUGCAGUAUUCUCCAGGGAACAGCAGGACACUUUUGCUUCCUUUUGGAAUAACUCUUGAAUGUCUCCUAAUUCCCCUGCUACAAUUUUCAUCAGCUAGAACCCCCUAGUUAGUUUUAACUUCAGAAUUAAUCCUUACUGGAGGAUGGAUCAAGUAGACUCUGGCCCUGGUUGGUGGGGUGUAAUAAUUGGCUUAUUGGAGAUGAGCUGGGUGAUGUGAGUUCUUGACCUACAAUGUAAGUUCUCCUUCUGGCCAAAGGUUUGGUUCUUACCCCAAGAAAGGAAAGUGGAAUUAAUUUCCGUAUUCAUCUUUCUUAGUUGGGUUUUCAGGGAGGUUGGUGGGGUGAGAAGAGGGUGGUUUCUUUUACUGUUUCAGACUGCUGUGCUAUACUUUCUCAACUCAACUUGGAUGCUGGUAGGACUAGCUGUGAUCCUGGGAAGUGUACAGGAAUUUCAUCCUGAGCUUCCAGCCUCUCAAGGGAGAGAUGAAAGGGUUUUGUUCCACUCUUACAGUAGGCACAGGCCAGCUCAAGAGGGUAAUUUUGAUUCAGCUCACUCAUCAGCAAGUCAUGCUGUGCAUUGGAAGGUCUGUGGUCAGAAGUGUCAGUGGGACUGGCAUUAGUUGAGCAACUUCUUAGCUUUACAGGGUUUUCAUUCUUCAGUAAAGUGCAGUGCCCAGGGAGACAUCAGGGCAUGGUUGGCAAAGGAGCAGGGAGACCGAGUCUGACACUUGCUAGGACGUAUCUUUCUGUAUUUCAAGGUAGUAUCUCCUGUGGUCCUCUGAUUUCAGAACUGGAAGCCAGAGUGAGGGAGCAUCCUGGGGACCCAGGAGCAUAAUACGGAUGUUCAUUUUCUUUCCUUCUUCUGUUUUUUGUCUUGUUUAACUGUUUGUGACUCUUAAUCCAGUGAUGAUAUUCCUUUGUUAUGCAAUGGUUGAUAAUGUACUUCCAGUGUGUGGAUAAGUAAGCCUGCUAGUGCUGCAGGAGGGCUCCUAAGCUGGAGCUAAUCUGAUCUCCAGAAUUAAGCUAAUUUUAAGCACUUAAGUUGUUCCUAUCACCACCGUUUAGAAUGAAAGUGGAACCAGUUUGAGGAGAUGUAGUGAUUUAGGUGGGGGUAUUUUGUCACACGCUGAGAGUAUUUUAAUUUUUUAUCUUUUUUUUAACUAGAAGAAAACUAGUUGGCUAAGUCUUUGCUUUGGAUAAGCCAGAAAAUGAACUAAGGAGAUACUGGCAUUGCAUAAAAACAUGAUUAAGGGAUCUUCCUUUAAAAGCAGGAAGAGACAGAUCCUUAUUUUAUAGAGAUCUGGAAAUGUUACAGCUGUGUUGCAUAAAUGUUACUCCUCUAUCUAAAGACUCCAAGCAGCUUGUGAUGGCUUGAUGUCUAUGUGGAUGGCUCAGAAGAGCAAAAUUCUGUUUUUAAGCAUCAGUAUCUCUUAAAGCUGCAUAAUCUGUGACAAAAUUGAUUCUUGUUUUGUGGAGUCCAAAUGGGCAUUGCCAUUUCCAGGUCUGACAUCAAGGCAUACAGUCACAGAUUUUCACUAGUUACUGAAGCCUAGUUUGAGAUACCAGUUUCCCUACCUAAAACUGGACUAAAAUAAAUUCAGGUGUUUUUUAAAAGCAUAACAAAGAAAAAAAACCAGUGGAUUUCCAUUCACUUUAAAUCUUUUUCGGUCUAGCCCAACUUGUUAGAUAUUUCUUUUUAGAAAACAGGGCAAGAAGGGAAAAAUGUGCUAAGCUGCCUUCUUUGGACAUUUAAAAGCCCACUCUUGGUUACCUGCUGAGUGUGUGUGUGUGUGUGUGUGUGAGUCCUGGAGUCAGCCAGCUCUUGGGACUCAGCCACUCCAGAGAGGCAUCAUGCUGUGGGCCUGCCAGCCCAUGGAGCAUAUGCACUAGUAGUAAACUUGGUAGGCAUUUCUUGGAGAGAAUGAGAGUGAAACUGUGCUGCAUUUUGGGGUUUUUUGUGUUCCUUGCUAAAAGAAAGGCGAAAAUUACCUUUUUUUUGUCCAUUGAAAACUAUGUUGUUGGUAUUGGAGCUUCCUGGACAUUUUAAAACUGAACCAAAACUCCUAUACUGUAUUUUAGAAAUGCACUUUAAGUAGCUUUUUAAAGAAGAUUCCUAUAUUCUGGGAUGAAAAAGGGAACAUGACUUCCAAACCACUGAGAAAAGGGUUUUUUUGGUCAGUGUCUAAUAGCCCUUACUACUGAUUAGCAAAGAAUUUCAAAGCAAAGACUUUACUUCUUGCUGCUUGUUAUCUAAUUUACAGGGAUUUAAUUUUAUGUAAUGUAUUGUAUAUUUAUACAUCUGUAAUUAUUUGCACAUUGGAUAAGAGGAUUAGCUUUGUUCUAACACCCAUUGGUACUAUACAAUCAACUAAUACUGCCUAUGCAUAUGCAUCUUUCUGGUACUCUUGCACAGCCUUGGUUUGUGUUAGUUUUUACUGUGGUGGGUGUUUUUGUUGCAGAUGCAGCUGUGAACCUGCUGCUGAAAGGAGGGAUAAUAAUGCUGCUCUGGAAGGGUUUGCUGAAUGUACUUCAAAAUGGGUCUCUAAUGUGUGCGUUGCAUCUCUCCAUUGUGGUGAAUAACCCCAAUCUGUGGUCUGAACUGUACUGUACGUAGCAGGAAUGUAUUAAUUUUGUGCUUCCUUGUUUAAAAAACAUCAGCUGUUCAAGAACAGGAUUGACUUAUUUUGUUCAGAAGGCCAUUUAUGCGUUCUAAGUAUUUGAAAUCAAAACUAGUCCAACACGAACCAGAUGGUUGUGUCCAGUGUUAUUUGGAACAGCUUUUAAAUUAACAGGGUCAGCUGUGUAUUCAGAAAACUGAGGGUAUGGAGGCCAUAAGUCUUCAGUUUUUAAUGUUGCCAAGUUAAUGGCCUGAUCCUGAGCAGUACUGGACCUGCCUGCUGCUUGCCUGGACCCCAGGGACCAGAAGCAGAGGGAGUCCCAAGUGAUCCCAGCACUUCCCAGGAUCAGUUCUUUAUUUUCCCCUCUGUUCAUACUUCAUGUGCAGUUGGUUACGGUUCUUGAAUCUGGACAUCAGACAUGCUGUUGCACUGAAAUACACACUUUUUUAAACUUGUGGUCCUCAUUUCCCUGUUUAAUCUCUCUGUACACAAGGUAUACAAGGUAUAUGCUGUAUAAGUGGCCUUCUUGAACAAAUCUCUUUGCAAACUGAUUUCAUCCCAGCGAAGGAGUCUAUCAGCACCACUGUACAUUAAUUUCAGGUUUUCAUUUUCUUAUUUUAUUUUGUAAAUAUAUCUGAUAUUUGGAGCUUGAGUAUACAAAAUGUAAAUAUAGUUCAUGUAUUUGUACUAAUUCUGAUCCAUUUGCUGUAUAGCCUUAGGUGUGCAAUGCAGAUAGCUAACUGUGUAUGGUAACCUUGCACCACUGAAUUGUUAGUGAACGAGGUGAAACAAUAAAGGUACAACCAGUGCAUUAGCAGA